GCACUCCUCCUCGCCUUGCGUGGGAAUGGUUUGCGCAGUAACGAUGCGCUUCUUGGACUUCGAAAACGAAUAUUUUCUCUUCGAUAAGACUAACCUUUCUUUGGAGGAGCGCACGCUCACUGCUGCAAUGAAGAAAAAGAAAAGGACCACUGCUGGGGUCACCGCGUGCCUCAAUCAUCUCCAAGCAUCGUGUGGGUUGAGGGAUUGGUGUGCAAUCACAUUGGCCCUGGUCGAGAGGUCCCUGCAGCUUCAUUCGCCGAUGUAUGACGUUGCGUUGGUGGGCUCGCCGGGACGGAGUACACACCUCGACGCAUAG